AUGGUAGACCAACCAACGAAAUCCCUUUUGGAGUACGGUAUUCCUGAUACGACUACCGGAGUCCUUUCUAGCAUCAUAAGACCACCUGUAACAGCUCAGCACUUCGAGCUCAAGCCGCAAUUCAUCCAAUUCAUCUCCAAUGACUCAUUCGCAGGGCUACCACAUGAUUGCCUAGACAAGCUAGUGAAGGCCUUCUUAGUGAAGUAUUUCGGACAUGAGAAGACUGCCAGGUUGAGGAACGAGCUAUCCACCUUCCGACUGUCAGAUGACGAGUCUCUCUAUGAGGCUUGGAGAAGGUUCAAGAGGUUACAGAGACAAUGCCCUCAUCACGGUAUCCCAGAGUGGCUGUUGAUUCAAACCUUCUAUAAUGGCCUAACCCAUGAGUUCCGAAUCUACAUUGAUGCUGCAUCAGGGGGUUCUCUCUUGACAAAGAACCCAACUGAGGCAAAGGAGCUAAUUGAGAAGAUGGUGGCCAAUGAUAAUUAUCAUCCAGGAGGUCGUCAGAAUGUGAAAAAAGGAGGUAAGCUUGAUGUAGAUGCUUUGACUAUGUUAGCCAGUUCUGUGCAGGCACUAACAAGCAGGUUUGAUAAGCUCCAAUCUGGAACUUCUACUAGCCCACUGGAGGUGAGUCGCCUAUCAACUCUUCAAGAUCAAGCAAAGGUUCAAAAAGAACAAUGCAAUGCUGUUUUCUUGAGAAGAGAUGAAGCCUUUCCGAGGCAAGUUGUUGAGAAGGUGUGCAGUGAGGAGUCUAGGAAAGACAAAAAGGGCAAAGAUAUUCAAAGCUCCAAAUAUGUGGCUCCACCGGCUUAUGAGGAACCGAUGCCUUUCCCGCAACGGUUGUCAAAAGCCGUGCUCGAUAGACAUUUUGGCAAAUAUUGUGAAGCCCUCAAGAAGGUACACGCUUCUAUUCCCUAUUCUGAUCUUUUAGUUCAAAUGCCUCAAUUUGCAAAUUUUGUAAAGAAUAUUAAAGAUCGACAUGAGGAUAAGGAAGUAGCACAUAAGAAGGGCCCUACUCUCUUAUAUGAUAACCUACCACCUAAGCUGCAUGAUCCUGGUAGUUUCACUAUUCCCUGCACGAUAAACGAGAAAUUUUUCGAUAAGGUUUUGUGCGACUUAGGUGCUAGUGUUAACUUAAUGCCUUAUUCAUUGUAUGAGAAUUUAGGUUUGCAAGGACUUAAACCUUCCCCUAUUUAUCUUCAAAUGGCUGAUAGAACCUCUAGACUCCCUAAGGGUGUGGUUGAAGAUGUAUUAAUUAAGGUUGGUGAACUUAUUUUUCCUAUUGAUUUUGUUGUUAUGGACAUGAAAGUAGACCAUAAGAUCCCGAUUAUAUUUGGUCGUCCAUUCCUUGCCACAAGUCAAGCUCUAAUAGAUGUUCCUAAAGGACAAAAUCGAUGCUACUAA